AUGGGCUCCUUCGACUGUUACUGUAUCUUGUGCGCGGGCACGUUAGAUAUCGAGGCUGUCAGAAUUGGUUCGAUGAAGGAAAAGAAUCUACGCAAGAGGGAUCGCAAUGUUGGUAUAGCAACGGGGAGGCUAGCUGACACGAGUGCUGAAGAGAACUCUUGCUCGUCGGGAGCCGAGAGUGAAGAUGAUGACAGCGGAGCGGAAGAUGCGCCUGACGACGAAGUCAUCAAGAAGCGGCUCAAUGAACUGCAAGAACAAGCCGAAGAUGAUACAGGCUCUGACUUUGAGGAUGAGCACGGAACCUCGAAUUCUGAAUAUUCUGAAGAUACAGAGUCUGUCGACACCAACGACUUCGACCUGCUUGCGGGAGUAACUGAGAUUACAGAUGUGGCUAUGCGACCCCGCACUCCCGAGCCCGAGCCUACGGAAGAAAGAGACAGUGAUAGUUGGUCACAAACUUCUGACUUAUCGUUUGAGCUCGAUGAGGUCCUUCUAAAGAGUGUUGACGACUGGGAAGAGGAGGACAGCUUCGACCCUAGAUUGAUCUUGCGAGAAGACUUGCUUUGGAUCAAUCGGAGCCGCGCACUGGCUCUCAAUCGUGAAUCUGACCGUGACAAUCCCAAAGCCUAUGUUUCUGGCAGAGGUCGUUACGGAGGACUCGGCGGGUUUGAUGUCAAGAAAUCUGGACGAGAUCCGAACGAUCCUGGUGAAUUUUCGUUGAACCUCACGGCGUACUCCGAUGGGGAGGAGAACAUGGCUUUUCCUUUCCACGAGGCUUGCUUCAACAUUCUUGCCAACAGCGUGGGACUUAAAAAGGGACACGAAGUCAACAAAGAUGUGAUGUGGGAGGUUAUGAGAGCCCACCUGGUCGAUGAAAGACCGGUCCUGGACGUGAACUAUGGGUAUAGCAUGGCACAUGAACAAUUCUGGGUAAACGUCCCAGGCGAGGAGUACGUGGUAUGUGAUCCCGGUCCUCGACCGUCUCUCAUAGAAAAGAUUCCAGAGUUGUUAUCCGGCUCUAUUCUGGGUAGAGCUACGGAGGUCUUGGACUUAUCGAACAAAGUCCGUAGCGACCCGACCCAAAUUCUCCCAUACGACAUUCUCCUUGAAAUUAUUGGGUACAUGGACACAAAGGACAUGCUAUCAUUCAUGAAAGCUUCUUACCACGUCAACAGCUACACGCGUGAAGCUGCCUUCUGGCAACACAUGAUACACGUUCGUAUCUUGCCAUGGUUCAACGAACUCGGUCAUUUCGUCGAGAAUACCAGCACCGAUGCAACCGACUACAAAAGCCUCUUUCUUUGGUCUGAUGCACUGACCCAUCCCGACAUCGGGAAUCAGGGACCGCUUAUGCACAUAGCGAACCGACGCAGAAUCUGGGAGUGUUGUCAACCACUAGCCUCGCUUUAUAAGAGAUUAGUAGCCUCGGUCGAGCCCGCUGAACCAGAAGAUUCAGAGGAAGCGAAGGCGAUUUUGAAGGCCUCCGUGUGCUUGUCCACACCUAUGACAAUGUACCCGUCACCCAAUGACUCGGAGACCACUUCUGCACAGUUCAUUCACGCAUGGUAUGAGAUUGGUCAUCGGUCCUGCGUCCUCGACACGUAUUGGCGACACGAUCCUUCGCAAAAUAUGUUCUUAGUUGGCAUCUCCAUCACGUUGGGUGGACAAAGGCGACUGUUUGGCAGUGCCGAGGGGAGCUUAGGACGUCCAUUACAUAUCGAGCGAGGGGAAUGGAUCAACCAAAUCAUAUGCGACAUCGACGAGAUUGAUAUAUUCAGCCGCAACAACCGCAAUUACGAUUGGAGCACUUAUGGUAGACCUGAGGAAGUAAAGUCACUCACAACUUGUCUCAUCAGAGGUUUGCAGAUAAAAAUGACUACUGGAAGAGAAAAGUCUGUAAUGAAUCACCGCCUUGCCACCUCUCAAAGGCCGUUUUUGGUGUUGGACAACAUGUAUCUAGUGGGUUUAACAGGUCAGACUGCUUCGAACGGUGCCAUCUCACGCCUCGGUCUUCUCCAAGCUUCCAGAUUGGACUCAGCAUUAACCGCCCGGCUACAAUACGACACUACUCAGCAGCUAUUCUGGAAGAACCUAACGCGCCUUCCUUACCAGCAGAGACGUUAUCCGAUAUGGUCACAUCCUUCUUACCAUCACGCUCUCUUCCCUAUAUCAACUCGCAUUUCACCAUUCGACCCACCCGAGGAGAUGACAUCGCAUGAUAUCUUCCUAUGGAACAAAAUCUGCAUUGAAGUCUUCCAGCCUGGUGGAGCGACCAUCUAUAACUUGCCCAAUCAGACAGUAGAUGGAGAAUCAGCGAAAGAAUCGGUGCCAUCGACUAGUGCAACAACGACCACUUGCCCUAUCACUAGCCCCUUCCCCGGGACAGAAGCUUCAUGCACCAACACGACAUUCUCAUCCUAUCAAUUCCAGUCCAGCCACGAACUUGCUGCCAUUAACUCUGGCCGCACGAAGAUCUACAGCAAUUACAACUCCUUCGUCGGCUGUCAAACUGCCGUCCCAGCCCAACACCCUCGCUGGACACUUGACAUGAAUCCCCUCGAGGAAACAUUUAGAGAGCUAUGGUCAGAGCUCUUAAGCCAGAAUUCACAACAAUAUGACCCAAAGACCGGCGCAUCUAACCCAUCUUAUAACAAAGACAAUAUUGUUUUUCCCUUGAAUAACGAAUCCAUCACCGAAGUCCAUAUCGAGCAUCAGUAUCGUGCUCUUAAGCUCGUUACGCAAUCUGGCCGUGUUGGCUAUUUUGGACUGCCAGGGUGCAAAGAUUGGUGGGUUAGGAAGGCAGUGGAGGGAGAGCGAUUUGUGGGGAUUAGUACUUGUUUUGGUAGUUUAGGUGGGUGGAGUCAGAUGGCGAUGAGGUGGAGUCAUUGGAAGUUGAGUAGUGUCGGGGUUGUCUUUGAGAGGGUGGAUGAGGAUGGAGAGGUCGUCAGUAAGGAGAAGCAGAAGAUACUGGAGAAUAACGGAGAGGGGAAGGUUUUUGAGGAAGGGAAGAUCGAAGUUGUUACGACUGAGGAAGAAGAUGUUGCGUAG